GCUGACUCCCCCCCCCCUAAAAAAACAGCACAGCGAGGGGAGGGCGAAACGGUCUGAGACGGCGGCACCGUUUAAACUUCCCCACCGUGGAGCCUCCUCCCGUGGCUUUGCUGUUAGCUAGCGAGCUAACACGGAAAAGAAUAAAUGCAUAAACUGCUGAGUUUCUCUGUGGCCAAGUCGGCUAAAGUUCUCGGCAGAUUAUCGUCAAGACUUCACAGUACAAGAGGAAGACCUUCAGCUCCACUUGGUUCAAGGAUUCUGACCAAAAAUGAUGACAUCUUUAAGUACAACAUGUGGGAUCACGUGCAAUGGACUGAAGAGGAAGAAGAAAACGCGAGGCAGAAGGCAAAAGAAAAUUCCUCCACACAAAUUCCUUUAAAGGAACAAGGUAAAUUUGACACAGAGGCUUGCGAAUACUGGGACAAGUUUUACAAGAUGCACCAGGAGAAGUUCUUUAAAGAUCGCAAGUGGCUAUUUUUAGAGUUCCCAGAGCUGCUUCCUUGUGGUACAAAAGGUCAAAACACAAACGGGCGUCUAGGUGCUCAGCAGGCGUCACACCCACGACCCACUGGAUCCACCACAGACACAAAGACCAGACACCAGCAACCCAACGGAUCCACUCACCAUCACAGAAAUACUGACCCCCCCAAUCAUCAGGGGGCAGCACCAGAAAGAAAUGAAGCUCCCAUACAAACUCAUACUUUCCCUGGCCAGCAAUCAUCUUUCAGGAUCUUGGAGGUCGGAUGUGGGGUUGGUAACAGCGUAUUUCCCAUACUUAGUUCCAUAAAAGAAAGUGACGCAUAUUUGUACUGUUGUGACUUCUCCCCAUGUGCCAUUCAGCUGGUCAAGGACCAUCCAGACUACAGUGACUCAAUGUGUCACGCCUUCGUCCAUGACAUUUGUGAUGAGAUGGCCUCCUUUCCAUUCCCUCCUGAGAGCCUGGACGUUAUUUUGGCAGUCUUUGUGCUCUCCUCAAUUCAUCCAGAGAGAACGCAAGGGAUUGUGAAGCGUCUGUCUACAUACCUGAAACAUGGAGGGAUAUUUCUCUUCCGGGAUUAUGGGAGAUAUGACUUCUCACAACUCCGGUUUAAGAAAGGACGAUGCUUAUCAGAAAACUUCUAUACACGAGGAGACGGAACCUGUGUUUACUUUUUCACAAAAGGGGAAGUUCAUGAUUUAUUUUCCAGUGCUGGACUUGAAGAAAUUCAGAACCUGGUAGACAGACGACUCCAAGUGAACAGAGGAAAGAAAGUUGCAAUGCAUCGAGUUUGGAUGCAGAGCAAGUACAGGAAAUUAUAACCACCUCCACCAUCUUCACAUCCCACUAUGCACUGGCCUGUUGUCUUGAAAAACUUUCAUUACCAAAUGAGUAUGUGGACCACAACAAAAGUGUACGCAAUAAAUGUGUCAAAUGAAGCUGUCUGG